AUGGCCCGAAUCCUGCUCGCCGAAGACGACACCUCGAUGCGCCGCUUCCUGGCCCGUUCGCUCGACCGCGCGGGGCACGAGGUGGUCAGCGUGGGCGACGGCAUGACCGCCCUGACGCGGCUGCGCGAGCAGAGCUUCGAUCUGCUGCUGGCCGACGUGGUGAUGCCCGGCCUGGACGGCGUGGAGCUGGCCCGUCGCGGCACGCAGGUCAGCCCCGGCCUGAAGGUCAUGUUCAUCACCGGCUUCGCGGCCGUGGCGCUGCGCGCGCGCGACCGCCAGCAUCCCGGCGCGCGCGUGCUCUCCAAGCCGUUUCACCUGCGCGAGCUGGUGCAGGAGGUCGAGGCCAUGCUGGCCGCCUGA